AACGUCUAUGACCAGUGCAAGAAUGAACUGACGAGCAUUUUUGCAGCGAUGUAUCCACCGCGACGGUGUCGGCUGGUAGCUUUGGCCAAAUUAGAAUGGAACAAAAAUUAGGAUCUGCCUGUCGAUCUACAAUGAUCGACUACCCAGUAUGAAGAUCUUAGCCAAUACGUAGAUGUCUGUCGAUGAUCUCGAGUGGCUGUAAAUCUGAUGUUUCUUCUCCCAUAGCAUUAGCAAUGCAAAAAUAAAGCGAGGUUCUCAGUGAUAGAAUCCAAAACUCUGCGGCUGCGGUCUGGCAGUGUGUUGGUUUCAGAUUGUGAUCACCCUUGGAACAAGUUCAAAGUCCUAGUUCCGCAGCACGCAAGAACGAUGAAAUGGAAGAAAACCUCCAUGAGGAAAGAUCGUCUAGUCUUUUAUAUUUAUUCUGAAAUUUCGCAAAAAGUGUGAGUUUCUAAUUGAUUCUGGUGAGAUCAUUUCUGCGCAGCGAACCAUAUCUGGGUAGUACGACCGACGUCCCCACACAAAGAACCUGACCCCUAGUACCGCAUUGUGAAAUUGACUUGUAAAAACUGCCUUGCGUAUUUUCCUUCAACGACCACGCGAACGCGCAUCAACUAUUUGUCUUUUGUAAUCACACUGCAACCUACUCAACGACGUCUGCUGUUUACACGUUCUCAACAUAGUAGCUCCUCGCAAAAUAUUCACAAACAUGAAGAUCGACAUAUCCGAUCCCGCAAUCCAUGCGGAGCAGGAAGAUCUGCAAAUAGAGCACGACAAGCGAUUGAAUCCGCAAACGGUGACGAAGCAGGAAGCCACCCGAGUUAUUGCGGAGGUGGAGCAACUUUUCUUUUCCGUUUCAACGCUUGGGGAUGGUGUUGAGUUCUUACCAGUAGAGUCUAUCGAGUUCUAUUUACUCAACGACCUGGGCUACGCAGACUCGGACGAAUUUGAAGACGCACUUGGCGGGACAUUUUUGGAGUUUAUGAAGCACCAAAUGCCUAACUGCACCGUGUGGUAUAGCGAUGCUAGAGAAUUUCUUUUUUGCAUUGUUGAGUCUCUCGUUAUUUUGUCCACAAGGUCAAUUUCUCAGACUCUUCUUGCACGAUUGCGACUGUAAUUUCCGUCAGAUUCAAUCUCGCAUUUCUUCAAAACUCCAGGACUAAUCCCGACACCGGUAAGGAGGUAUUCAAAAUAACCCCGAAGGAGCGCAAGGAGGGCCGCAGACUAAAAUUUAAGAUCGAGACCGGGGAUGACCUACUCCAAAACACGUUCGUGUUCGCAGCGUACCCCGCGCUAGUCUCCAUUCCCGAGGCGGAAUUCGAGAUCCAGGGGGCGGAAAAGCCCGCAAGGGACACCCUGUAUAACCAUAUCAGCACUGCUAUCAACAACCUGGAGCAGCACGCGAGCGGCCUCUCCCACGCCAAGGACGAGUCGAACAAGAAGCAGGGCGCAGCGAUCUUUGCCGCAGUGGAAGAGUUGCGCGGGUUUCUGGACGUAAACCAGCCGUUCACUUGGAUGGUGUACGAUCCCGAGGGCCAGUGCGAGAUCGACAACGAAAGAGUAGAAGUCUUGCCCUUGGAGGAAGCCACGGGGGAACAAAACGAGUUUUGAUGUUGUUGGUCCAUUUCUAUUUUGGCAGUAUCUGUGCAGAACAGCGCGUGGUAUUGUCGAAAGCGAAUGGUGCCUACGGAUCAUGCGACAUAUUAGAUUACCGCACAAUAGAAGACUCUACGCAAAGCAACAUCGGAACAAGAUCAAGAACACAAUCAUGGAGUAAAUGGCGCACAGUUUUUCUGAAAACCUCUGAUGUUCUACUCUAGACCGAUGGUUGUAAGUUGUAGUGCGUCAGAUCGUCGCAAUGCGUUUUUAUUUCGAGGAG